UAGUCUUUACAGCUUAAACCAUUUUAAUUAUUACUUGAAGUUUUAUUUAAACAGACAAAAAAAAAGAAGAAGAAAAAUAGUUUUGUCGGAGAGAGAGGAUGGCAAGAAUAUCGAUGGCUAUGGCUGUGGUGUUGUCGGUAAUGCUACUAGUCUCGAUAAACUCAGUGGCCGCGGAGGAACAGCCGACGGUUGGGCAGAGAGUAGACUCCGCCGUGACGGGUGUCACCAAUGCAUUCAAUGAACACGGCGGUCAACAAGCCGUUGACUCUGUAUCUUCCACCUUCAAAUCCGUUUACGGAUGGUUCGGUGAUAAAGCCAAGGAAUUGGGAAUCCACGUCUAAAACGAGGAAUAAGUUUUUCUUUUAAUUUGCGGUGCGUUUAUAUACCAAACAGAGCUGACGAUCGGAC